UUUCCUUCUCAUCGAUAGUAAAAAAAAAUUAGUAAAUAGAAAAAUAAAUAAAUAAAUCACCAUGGCUAGCGCAAGAAGCUUGGUCGCCAAGGCAAGUAAUGUAGGUUUAGCGGCUGUAGUAAUAGCUUUGGUGUUAGAGUGCUCUUGUGUGGCCAAUGGUGAAUUCCCCGGCGGCCGCCGUGCCCUCUCCGCUUCCGGUGACCCUACCGUUUUCGACAUUACUCAGUACGGCGCAAAGGGUGAUGGCUCCACCGACAGUUUCAAGGCAUUUUUGAGUGCAUGGAUCCAGGUUUGCGAAAGCUCGGUCCCUGCCAAGCUGGUGGUUCCAAAGGGAACCUUUCUGACAGGACCGACGGUGUUCGCCGGACCAUGCAAGAGCCAAGUGACGGUGGAAGUUCAAGGAACGGUCAAAGCCACGCCGGGAGUGGCCGGGUACGCGACACCUGAGUGGAUCUUGUUCGAGCGUGUGGACAACCUCGUACUGAACGGAGGCGGAACCUUCGACGGCCAGGGAGAGAUCGCUUGGAGGGACCACGCUUGCAAAAAGCGUGGCAAUUGCAAGCUCCCACCUACGUCGAUAAAGUUCAGGCGGAUGAACAAUACGGAGGUGCAUCAUAUAACGUCGGUGAACAGCAAGGCGUUCCACAUGUUCCUCGUUAAGACGAUCAACACUACCAUCCACAACGUCAACUUAAUAGCGCCCGACACGAGCCCUAACACCGACGGGAUCCACCUCAGCAACGCCGACUUCGUCAAGAUCCUCGACAGCAAUAUCGGGACCGGAGACGACUGUGUGUCCGUCGGCCGAGGCUCGAACAACGUCACUGUAGAACGCGUGAUCUGCGGUCCAGGACACGGUUUCAGUAUCGGCAGCCUCGGCAAGUACAAGGGCGAGGAAGACGUCACUGGAGUCACCAUAAGAAACUGCACGAUGAACAACACCGACAAUGGCGCGAGGAUCAAGACAUGGGGAGGUUCCGACGCGAGCAAGGCCAGUGAUAUUGUCUUCGAGGACAUCAUCAUGAACAAUGUCAAGAACCCCAUCAUCAUCGAUCAAGAAUACGGCACGAGAGGAGGGGCAUCGAGAGUGGAGAUAAGCAAUGUGAAAUUCAAGAACAUAAGAGGGACAACGAUCACGAAGGAGGUGGUUCAGUUCGUGUGCAGUUCGCUUGUUCCAUGCAAAGAGAUAAAGGUCGUGGACGUGAACCUCGCCUACACAGGGAAGCCCUUAGGGCGCAAGGCCGGUGGCUCCAUCGUCGGAGCUAUAUGCAACCAUGCCGAUAUCAUCUUCGGUGGCCGACUUAACUUCCCCUUGUGUCCCGCAUGACCCAAAACUACACUUGAUUAGUGGGUAAUUAACAUGUAUAAUUAAUUAAUUACACGAGAGGGUUUCUUAAUUAUUGGGGAUUGUGAUGGUUUAGAUGAGGACGAUUAGGUUGUUUUUGUCAUCAACCUAUUUGCGGGUGGGAAGUGUAAGAGUGUACAUACACCUU